AUGGGGGAGACGCAAGAGCAGAGGCUGAUCGUCAGGGAGAUGGUGAGCGAGGGACUACAGUUGAGUGCGGCGACCGCGAACGCAGGGGACGACAUGCCGGAGUUUAUGAGAGUGGCGAACAGACUCCUCCGCCGGCACAACAGAGUGGGCAAUGAGCUUGUUGUUAAGCCAUCCUCACGUUUUGGAGAAGGCCGCCACCGAGUUCGACACGACGGUCGGCCACGAGCGGCCGGUCUCCGAAGACGACCUCCCCAACCUCACCUACUUGAACUGCAUCAUCCACGAGAUUCUGCGAUUGUACCCGCCGCCCCUCUCCUCGCAACCCACGAAACUUCCAAAGACUGCACCGUCGCGGGAUUCGACGUCUCCGCCGGCACCAUGUUGCUCAUUAACGCGUGGGCUAUCCACAGGGACGUCGGCCUCUGGGACGAGCCCGAGAAGUUCAAGCCGGAGAGGUUCAUGGCGGGGGAGGCAGCGGAGAGAUACAAUUUCAUGCCGUUUGGGAUGGGGCGGCGGCGGUGCCUCUGCGUGGGUCUGGCUAUCCGAAUGGUGGCGCUGAUGCUGGCGACGUUCGUCCAGUGCUUCGAGUGGGAGAAAGUAGGCGACGCCAUUGGAGGCGUUGUACAAGCCACGCCAGAGCAUGGUGCCACUCCAUUCGCAACUGUGAGCUUAUGUACCAUAGGAUAUGUGAUCUGA